CGCCAACUGAGCGAGCAAGCUUGACUGCUUUUUUCCGGGCCCAAGCGUCUGGAUUUCUGCGAAUAUACGCUAAUGGCCUGCAUCUGGUUUAUGCACUGAGCUGAAGAUGUGUGCUUACUGCCGCGCCGUCCAUUCACUUGGUGAACAGCGCAUUGAACUGCAGGUCCACGUGUAGUGGACGGUUUUGUGGAACAUGGGUAAGAAUCGGACGGCAAUUGCUUGGUUUCUGAGCGGACGGGGUUUCGGCGCACUCUCCAGUGAUGGCGGGGACCUGCAGAAGUAUGAUUGGACAGAUGCCCAUGGGGAAGUCAGGGGUAUUAUGGGGUUGGCGAAUCAGCGGUGCGUUUGGCGGUCACUGGUGUGGGCUGGAUCUUGGAUCGCUGUGGAGUUUCGGACCGUCAACCGAGGAGGAUUCGUGCUGCGAGCCUGCGACUGCAAGAUGUUGAGGGCCCCUGUCCUCGCCAAGCCAUGCCAGAUGCUUGCCAGCCAGCAACAAGUGUGUCAUUCCCUUGUGUUGCGAAGUGCUGCUAGCAGUUCACAGUGGCCAGCUGAUCGAUUCGAUUGCAAUAGCAGAUGCUGUUAACGAUACUUACACUCGCGCAUUGAGCAGUGACGGAAAUCUCGGUUGUGAUGGUGGAUGUGGCGCCGUUGGGAGGCUGGUCUUGCGUGACCGGUCGGGCGUGUCGGUCAACGGCACUUGCGGAAGAGGGUCCCGCGCCGAGGGUCCGCCGGUACC